UUCUCUUUUUUGUGCCAAGCACCCACCUUCUUCUUUAGCUAGAAAUUAGCUCAACCUCUAUGAUGGGAAAAUAUAUCAACAUAAACAAUAUUGAUGCUCAUAAUCAUCAACAGAAUUUCUUUAAAUCAUCUUCCACCACAACCACAACUUCAUCCUCCACUUCUUCCUCAUCCACCAUUACUUCUUCACUUUCAGACCACAAUUCAAAAACUAGUUCAUCAACUUGUGUAGCUAAAAAAGCUUCGAGAAAAGCAGAAGAUGAUGAAACCAGCCAUGAAGCUACCAAGAAACUUAAGAGUGAUGACAACGGGAGACACCUCACUUACAGAGGAGUACGUAUGCGUAGUUGGGGCAAAUGGGUUUCUGAAAUUCGGGAACCAAGAAAGAAAUCCAGAAUAUGGCUUGGAACUUACCCUACUGCAGAAAUGGCUGCUCGAGCACAUGAUGUUGCCGCUCUAGCUAUCAAAGGCCGCUCAGCUUUUCUGAAUUUCCCCGAAUUUAUUCAUCAACUUCCUCGUCCACUCACCACCUGUCCCAAAGAUAUCCAAGCUGCCGCAGCCAAAGCAGCCGCCCUCACAUUUCAAGACUCAAGCUCUUCAUGUACUCAAAUUGAAGCUCAAGGUGAAGCCCAGCCGAGCCAACCUCAGCUUCCUCCUGUUUCUCCUUCUACUGAUGACGAAGACACGUUGUUUGACCUGCCUGAUCUCUUCAUCAAUGGCUCUGAUCGUAGCGAUGGAUUUUGCAAUUACUUAUCAUCAUCAACAUGGCAACUUUGUGCAGCCGAUACAGGGUUCCGCCUUGAGGAACCAUUCUUGUGGGAGUAUCAGUAGAGAAUGAGAGAAACCGUUUAAUAUUUUCAAACCAACACAAAAAUCUCGUUCCGACUUUCCACAGUUGGUCACAACACUGUCUUUCAAUCUGUAGCUAACACCUGAAAAAAGAUUAAACCCAGUUGGAAUCACAUUUGGUUUGUUAAUUUCUACCUUUGCUUCAUUGAUUUUUACUCCAAUGUAUUAUUACAAAUAUAUGAUCAUCAGGCAGUAUAUAUACAUAAUAAAUCAUCUUGUAUAAUCUUCCUUAAAUUUCUUUGAAUUUCUUUUACAGCUUUUUCAUGGGGUUUUGAGCUGUUGACUUAAACUUAACCAGCUUGCUAAAUUAGUAA